AUGUUACUGGACUACAUGCUUAAUCUCGCAGAUUCAUGGAAAGAUUCUUCUGACAGUCGCAUAACCAUAGGGAAAUGCUCAUCUAAGGAGCAAAAACACAUCGAAAUUAAUACUUCAGAUAUCACGGCUGAUGUACGUAACGUGAUGUCUAUAGGAUAUUACAUUGGUGCACUCAAAGUUGGCAUGUUGGAGAAGGAAUACCUCACAAGCACCAAUAACGUGCGUCUCUACAUCUAUUACAAACCCACUGACGAUACAUCAAAGACCGUGAGGGUUCGACUACCUCAUCUACCCUCGGGCUCCGUGAUCCAAAACAUUGCUAUGUCUUCUCAUCCUGACCUAGACAAUGAAGAUUGGGUUGUGGCAAUCAAGUUCAAUGGACCUCAGAUAAAGCUUUACAGGCCUGCUUGUCCGACUGAACCGAUGUAG